AACGUAUAUGUAAGUUGAAUAAAAAUGUAGAGAAAAAUCUUAAUGUUAAAAAAAAAGAGAGUAGGUUUGGGGUUUAAGUUUGUGAUUAGGUCUAGAGCUAAAGCCAAGGAACAAGCACGUAUCAAAGAUCAAACAAAAUGAGAGUACUGAGGGACGGCCAAAGUGGUGGUGGUGCCAAUGAGGGAGCUAAAGCGGAGAAGACUGUGUUUGAGGUUAAACUUGAGUCUUUCGAGGCACGUGCGAAAAUCAAGAUCAUUAAGGAGGUAAGGAGAAUCAUUGGUGUGGGUCUUAAGGAAGCUAUGAAAUUGGUGGUGAAGGCUCCUACGGUUUUGAAAACAGGACUUUCAAAAGAAGAAGGAGAGGAGGUCGUUGAGAAGUUGAAUGCACUUGGUGCUGAAGCUGUUUUACAGACUAGAGUGAGUGAUAUUCCAAGUCUGUUUUGGAACAGUUUGUUCCAUCUAAUAAGCUGA